AUGUCCUCAAAGCGACGCUCUAGGCUGGCUUGUAUUGAAUGCAAGCAGUCGAAGCAGAAAUGUGAACAUAGUCCUUCAUACAAACGUUGUAAAAGAUGUAUUAAACAUCAUUUAGCAUGUAUCCCUCCUCCUAUAAAAAAAAAGCACGCUUUUGAAUCACCUAACCUCAUAUCAAACAACCAAAUUUCCGGAAAGGAGCUAUCUCUCGAGUCGCUUCAAUCAUUAGAAAAAGAUAAUCCGAGAUUAUCAGAUACAUGUGCAUGCUGUCGUAGAGAUAAAAAAAGAUGCGAAUAUAAUGGAAUUCCGGGAGCUCUCAGGUGUGCAAGAUGUAGAAUGAAGAAAAGGCAGUGUUUAUUCCAAUGUGCGGAAUGUCAUGAGAAAAAUAAUGUAGAUAAGGUUAUGCUUCAUUGUGUGAAUUGUAAAACAACUGUGGAGGAUCCACCUGUUGACUACAAUUUUGUUCAAGAAAAUGAUAAAAUAUAUCUGAAAUUAGAAAAUAAUGAUAUUAAAAUCGAAAUUACGCAUGCAAAUAAUAAUACGCCAAGUGUUAUGCUUGAUACGUGUCCUUCAGCUUCGUAUCUCCCGGUCUAUAAUGAAGCAUCUAACAUUUGCAUUCAACCUAUUAUUUUGCAAGGCAGUUACUUUAUAUCGGACGCAUAUCAGCAACAGACUGUGAAUGACUUGUCGUUAUACUAUAACUUUAUUAACUAG